AUGCUACUUGGCCUCGUUGAGCGAUAUCAUAAGGUGUGGAAGGACAUGGUGUCCUUGUACGUCCGAGAAAAGCAGGACGACUGGGAUGAAUGGAUUCCGUGUGCGGCUUACGCUUAUAACGGUGCACGACAUGGAACUACAGGCUACUCUCCUAAUGAGCUGAUGAUGGGUCGACAACUGAAAACGCCGAAUGAGUUGUUAAGAGCUAGUGCGGUUGAGGAAAUCGGCGACUGGACCGAAUACCACCAACGAUUGAUCAAUCAGAUGGAGCGAGCAGCAGUCUUGGCGAAGAUCGCGUUGCAGCAAGACCAGAGACGACGGGAGCACUACUAUAAUCGACAAGUACGCUGCAGGACCAACUUCAAAACGGGAGAGUUGGUAUGGGUGUUGAAGCCACCCCGUGGAAAAGGGGUCACGAAGUUAGCUCACCAGUGGGUAGGACCGGCGAAGUUGGCGGAGAACGUCGGCUUCGACAACUGGUUGGUGGAGCGACAGGAUCUUCAGGAGUCUCUGAUAGUUCACACUAGCUUCUUGGUGUCGUAUUACUAUCCAAAAGACCGCUUGGGCACGUUAGCGGACCGUAUACUUACUGAACUGGACGAAGAUGACAUCACACUCAGUUAUGAGAGGAACGAUACCGUAGAACUCAAUACCACGACAGCCGACGAUUGCAUGAACGACGAUGGAGACUUCCGGGCUCACAGUGACUCGCUAACUAGUGGAAAAGCAGACCGGGAUGUUGAUCAGGAGGUGCCGGUUGAAGCUAAUGGGGAGUCGGCCCGUCACGCAGUACGGCGGCCGGGACCAGCGGUUGAUGAGGGUGCCGGUGUGCGGCGAGCGUUGGGAGAGGCGUUGGAGACAGCCCGCCAGGCGCUGCUUGAAGGGACCCCUGCUUUAACGACAGGAAAGCGGACAGGAGCGCCAGAAAUACCGUUACCAGUAGUACCGGCACCGCAACGGUCUUAUGAGAAGCAGGUGGAGAUCAGAAUGAAAGCGCCACCAAUUACACAUAACCGAAAGAAGCCACAGUCGAGCAGUACACAGGCAACUGGCGAAGACGAAGCUCAACAGCGAAGGCGGCAGAAAGAAGCGGACGCACGGGCAGCGAGAGCAGCGCGACGGGGUACUCUACGUGACCAACAACCGCAAGAAGAAACCACGGAAGUGGAUACAACUCCAGCUAACCGGGUUCCAGGCACUGCGACGGCCCACAACGAUGAGAGAGACGCUGUCGGCGAUGGAGGCGACGCUGUCAACGCUGCACCAGCACGAGGGACGGUCACGCUCACUGAAGGAACCGUCCCCAUCGAGGUGGCAAACGAACGAACGGGAGAGCGCGACAACAGAGAACUGGAGCGAACAGGAGGUGACGGACGAGGGGAUGCAAUCAACGGGGGUGGACAAGCACAAACAGCUGCGACCCAGGCAUUACGAGGCCGGCAACAAGCCCCGGGAACAUCCCACGACCUACGAACCCCUUUUACACCAACCACCACGGCGGUGGUCAUCUACGAGCGAGGACAGCGACGCAUCAGGAAUCGGGCAGGCAGGUACGAAACGCAACAUCAAGUGGAGUACCGAUAUGGGCCAGGAAGACCAACACGACGAGAGUGGCUCACAGCGGAACAGUUCGACGUCCUGGUCGACGAAGGAAAGAUCGAGGACGAUCUUCUGGCAGGGGAUGGCGUGUGGACAGGUGAUACCGACGUCACCAAAAGAGCAGCCGACGGCGACGCAGGUCCGCGCCGCUGA